GGGGUUUACUCUUGAUGAGGGCGACAGUUUCUCAGAUGUGCACGUAUCCCAACACCAUCAGAUUGUGGCAUAGCGGGUUAAGCUGCCACUUGCGAUGCUAGAAUUCCGCAUCAGAGUUCUGGUUAGCGUUCCAGCGCUCCAGUUCAGAUUCAGCUUCCUGCUCGUACAUCGGGGAGGUAGUAGAUGAUGACUCAGGUGCCUGGGCCCCUGUCACCCAAGGUGGGAAACCUGAUGGAGUUCUGGGUUUCUGGCUUAAGCAUGGCCCAGCCCUGGUUGUCGCAGGCAUCUGUGGACUGAAGUGGCAGAUGGGAGAUCUCUCUCUUUCUUUGUCUCCCCCUCUAAGUCUGACUUUCAAUUAAUAAAUCUUUUUUAAAAAUUGGAAUUAAGGCCGGCGCCGUGGCUCACUAGACUAAUCCUCCGCCUGUGGCGCUGGCACCCUGGGUUCUAGUCCCAGUUGGGGCACCAGAUUCUGUCCCAGUUGCUCCUCUUCAGUCCAGCUCUCUGCUGUGGCCCGGGAGGGCAGUAGAGGAUGGCCCAAGUGCUUGGGCCCUGCACCCGUAUGGGAGACCAGGAGGAAGCACCUGGCUCCUGGCUUCAGACCAGCGCAGUGCGCCGGCCGUAGCAAACAUUUGAGGAGUGAACCAACGGAAGGAAGACCUUUCUCUCUGUCUCUCUCACUGUCUAACUCUGCCUGUAAAAAAAAUAAAAAAAUUGGAAUUAAAAUAUGUUUAUUUUGGCAUAAAAAUUUUUAAUUUUUAAAAAUUUAUUUUCAUUUUAUUUGAAAGAGAGAUCUUCUAUCCACUGGUUCACUCCCCAAGUUCACUUCCUGUAGCAGCCAGGAACCUGGGACUCUGUCUCAUCUCACAUGUGGCUGGCAGGGAUCUAAGUACUUGAGUCAUCACCUACUGCCUCCCAGAAUGCACAUUAGCAAGAAGCUGGGUCAGAAGUGGAGUAGCUAGAACUUGAACCUGAACUCCGUCUGAUACGGAAUGUGGGGGUCUCCAGUGGUGACAACCACUGAAUCAAAUGCCUGCCCCUGGGGCAAAAAAUUUGAAAUCCUUGUAUAGUUUUUUCAUAAGAUGAAUUUUCCAUAAAUUGUUUAUAGACCCCUACAUACCUCAAUAUACUUUUUAAAAAAGAGUUAUUUACUUAUCUGAAAGACUGACAGAGGAAGGAGAUAGAGAAAGACACACAGAGAUCCUCUAUCUGGUCAUCUGGUUCACUGCCCAAAUUCUGGGCUGGGCCAAAGCCAGGAGCCAGAAACUUCAUCCUGGUUUCCCACAUGGGUGGCAGGAGCCCAAUCAGGUACUUGAGCUGUCCUCCGCUGCCUUUCCAGGCACAUCAGCAGAAAAUUGGGUUGGAAACAGAGCAGCAAGGACUCAAACCUGCACUGUGAUGUGGAAUGUCACCAUGCUCCAGCCUGCCGUGCCACAAUACCGCUCCAUUUUUAAAAGAAAUUUUUAAAGAGUGUUAAUUGUUUAUUUUUAAAGAUUUAUUUAUUUAUUUUAAAGUCGGAGUUACACAGAGAGAGGAGAGGCAGAGAGAAGUCUUCCAUUCGAUGGUUCACUCCCCAGAUGGCCGCAACGGCUGGAGCUGCGCCAAUCCGGAGCCAGGAGCUUCUUCCGGGUCUUCCAUGCAGGGACAAGGGUCUUCCCAGAUGGCCCCACUCCCAGGGGCAGAGCUGGUCCAGAGGCCGCUGCAGCUCUACCGAUACUUGCUGCGCUGUUGCCAACAGCUGCCAACCAAGGGCAUCCAGGAGCAUUACAAACAUGCUAUCAGGCAGCCUCUCGCUAGGGUCUGCAUAAGGCAGGCAGCUCAGUGGACAAACACAACAGAGCAUGGACACAACUUCCUGUGGCAGGCAUCCCAGCCAGUGCCGUACAGCCUGAGUUUCCGGGUUCAUUCAGAUGAAGACAGCCCUGAGAGAAUCCAGCAGAUUAUUAAAAGAGCUAUUGAAGAUGCCGACUGGAUCAUGAACAAAGGACAAGGGUCUUCCCAGAUGGCCCCACUCCCAGGGGCAGAGCUGGUCCAGAGGCCGCUGCAGCUCUACCGAUACUUGCUGCGCUGUUGCCAACAGCUGCCAACCAAGGGCAUCCAGGAGCAUUACAAACAUGCUAUCAGGCAGCUUCCUGCGAAUGCACACCCUGGGAGGCAGCAGAAGAUGGUUCAAGUACGUGGGUCGAAGACCUGGAUGGACUCCUGGCUCUUGGCUUCAGUCUGGCUUAGCUCUUGCAGCAACUCCAGGAGAAAGACGAUGCUUCCCCGCUACGUCUUCAUCAGAGCUCCCAGUGGAGUUCUCACAGCCUAUCCUGCCCUGUCCUGAGAGACACUCAUCCAAAACAGCUGCUGGGACAGGAGUAGGGAAGCCUCUGCCAGCCACUCGGAGUCUUGCUCCAAAUGACUCCGGAUCAGCCCCGUAUGACAGCACAGACCUCUAGUGAAGGAAUAGUCCCAUAAGGAAAUACUGCAAGGCUAUCACCAGGAGAGAAGAGAUACAAAGCAAGCAAAUCCUACAGAGGUUUGCUCCCCAGCUGUGAGAGUCCACCCCAGGGACUUACUUCUGUCCGACUCCUCCUAACAGAGUAUCAGCUACCUGAGGGUAGGCUGUGUGCUUCAUUAUCUUUGCGCCUCAGGUCCUAGUGAAGUCCCAUUACAUUGUGGGCACUCAACAAACUUCCAUUGUGUGAAUGAAUAAAAAGAUGCCUACUUCGUUCUGUAAUUCUGUAAUGUGACACUUAGCAUACUUUAGUGUUACUGGUUUUCAAAUGAUCUCUCUUGCCUGCGAGAUUGUGAGCAACUUGAGAGAAGAGACCACACCUUAUUUGUCUGGUUAGGUUCUUCAGUGCCAAGCACCUUGCCUGACACAGAGCUGAUGAUUGGAAAAGUACCUGUUGGGGGCGGCCUUGUGGUGCAGUGGCUUUAGUCGCUGUCCGUCACGUUGGCAUCCCCUUAAAGUGCCAGUUUGAGUCCUGGCUACUCCGCUUCCUAUCUGGUUCCUUGCUAAUGUGGCUGGGAAAGCAGUGGAAAAUGACCUGAGUCCUUGGGACCCUGCUACCUACAUGGGAGACCCAGAUGAGGCUUCUGGCUCUUGGCUUCAGACUGGCCCAGUGCUGGUCAUUGCCACCAUUUAGGGGAGUGAACCAGUGGAUGGAAGAUCUGUCUCUGUCUCUCCCUAUCUCUCUGCAUCUGUGCCUCUCAAAUAAAAAUAAAUAAAUCUUUAAAAUAAAAAAGGGGACUGGCAUUGUGGCCUAGCAGGUAAAGCCACUGCCUGUGACAUUAUCAUCCUGUAUGGACGCUGGUUUUUAGUCCCAGCUGUUCUACUUCUGAUCCAGCUCCCUGCUGAUAACUUGGGGGAAGCAAUGGAAGAUGGCCCAAGUGUUUGGGCCCCUGCCACCAAACUAGGAGACCUGGAUGAAGCUCCUAUCUCCUAGCUUCAGCCUGGCCAGUGCUGGCCAUUGCAGCCAUUUGGGGAGUGAACCAGCAGAUGAAAGGUCUCUGUGCAUGUCUUUCUCUCUGUGUGUAACUCUGAUUUCAAAAGAAAUAGAUAAAUCUUUUUAAAAAAUAAACAAAGGAAAAGAAAAGCAGCUGUUGCAGCAGCGAUUUUCUUAAAGCCCAGUGCCAUAAGUUUAUAUACUUAUUUUUAAAAAUAUCUUAGCAACUCUAACUAAGUAUGUACUAGUCCUCUGGGGCAGGAAGAGAAAUUGUGCUUCCGAAUGGUUGAAUGAGCCAUGUUUUUCUAGCCAGUGAGUGGCAGAGUUGGGAUGCGAACUAGUUUGUUAGUCUCUAAAACGCCCAACCCCAACAGUAGACCCCUCUUUACAGGAAGGGCCAGCACAGUGGGCAAGGAGGUGGGUAACUCUGAUCGUACACCUGCCACAGAGGAAUGCUGACCUCAUUUCUGAGGCUGAUGUCUUGGUUUGUCAAGUUACAAUCUUAACAGGUCUCAUGAAGUCACUGCUGCUUCUGUCAUGGGCUAGGCAGGCAGCCAGGUAGGUCUGGUGAGCUGGAAGUCAUGAGCCCUCACUUGUCAGUCAAAAGCAUCCCCUUUCCCAGGAUGCACCUGAUUCAUCUGGGACCUGGGGGGACGAUGCCAUAAAAAUUUGGCUAUUGAGCUCCAGGUAGAACUUACAGAGGCUCCAUGUAUCUCCCAGGGGGCUUCACGCCUGGAGAGGCACUGCCCCAACCUCGUACAGGAGGCCAACAACUGGGAGGGGGUCUCCCUCUCUCUGUGUUUCGCUACAGAUCAUGGCUGGAGGGACUGCUAGACACUUCUCUGUCUCCCCUCAGGUAAUUAUUUCAGCCCACUGCCCACUAAUGACAGGUAUUGCUCUAUGUGCAGCCACCCAUGCUCACGUGUGGGGCAACCCAGCUCAUGUGUGCAUGCAUGUGUGCGCCUGUGUGUGUGUUCACUUCCUCACCUUUUGAAUAGAACUUGCUAUCACUUUGUGCACCUUAUACAUGUCUGCACUGUAUCUUGCGAGGCAAGAUCCUGGAGAAAAAAACAUAAAAGCCCGUUACCCGCAUGACUUCCUCUUCUUUCUACUUCAGAUGCAUCCUAGCGCUAACCACUACUCCACGGUGAUCCUCUCCAAGCGAGUCAGAGCAUGCGCUCCUUUGCUCAAAGUCCUCCAGGGGCUCCUUAUCUCACUCGGAGAAAAGCCAGCACCCUAAAAUACCCCAUGGCCUCCAUGACCUCUCACCCACCUAAAGAGUGCUUUCCCCUCUGCCCCCUCUGUUCCAGCCACAGGGGCUUCCCUGUUCCUUCUGGACUCUUCUAGCCCCAUUCCCCCCACCCCCACCCCAGGGGCCAUCUGGCAUCUCCCCUCCCUUUCCCCCAGGAGAGCUGCAUGGUUUUCUCCUUCACCAAGGUCUUGUUCUCUGUCGCCUGCUCACUGAGAACUCCCCUUGCCAUCUCCUUACCGUUUGGGCUUUGUGGUCUUCCAUAAACCCAUCACUUCCUGAGUGUUGGUUUGAUUCCUCAUUCAUUUCAUUGUCACCUGACUCUUCCCUUGGACAGGAGCUGGAGGAAUGCAGGGACUUUUGUCUGUUUUGCCCAAGUACCUUGCAUAUCACCUUAGCAAAUAUGUGUCCCUGACAUAGAGUCUUAGCGUGUGCCCAGCCCUGUGCUGAGUGCCUUAGUGGUUCUAUGGUUUCAGCCUCUAGCAACACCAUGAAGUGAGCGCUGCCAUCACUUUGUAGAUCUGGCCCCAGAGACUUGGGCUCGAUACUCUAAAGGCACAUUGCUAAGAAAGCAGACAGGUCGGGUUCGAACCUGCUGGGCCUGUCCCCAGAGCCUGUGCACCUGACCUUUCGCUGCUGAUCAUUUAAGCCCCAGCCAGGAGUCUCUGCCUGCAGGUGACCCACGACCACCCCGUACCACUAGCACUUGGUCUCAGCCACAGCACUUGCUGCUAUCCUUACACAUCCUGGGUGCCUUGUUUGGGCUUAUUUUCCCAGCCUGGCACACAGUAGGUACCUGGUGAAUAAGGAGAUGAGAGCUGCUGGGGUCUUCCUGGCACCUGAAUUGAUAAGAACCUCAUGACCAACCAGCAAGGGGUGGUUGCUGCAGGGCUGGCCAGCAGGUCACAUUUGUCCACCUUCAUCCAAGAUUUCUUUUUUUUUUUUUAGAGGCAGAGAAGGAAAGCAAGAGUGGGCUCCCAUCCGCUGCAUUGGCAGGGGCCUGAGCCAGGAACUCAAUCCAGCUCUGCCACGUGGGAGACAGGAACCCAAUCAUUUGCCCCAUCACUGCUGCCUCCCAGGGUCUGCACUGGCAGGAAUCUGGAGUCAGGAACACAGCCAGCAAUGGAACCCAGGCACUGUGAUGUAGAAAGCU